GCAGAAUAACGGGAAAACGAAUGAUAAAGCAAAUGUAAAGAGACGACAGAGCAGUGAGCAGGAAUAUAUAUUGCAAUUUGUCAGCUUUCUUGAUUUCUGCUUUCUAAUUUCUCGUAACGUGACAACAUGGAAUCAAUGUAUUCGUAGCAAUGGAUUUUCACCUAAACUCUGAAUCAUUUCGAACACGUCUUACAGAAAUUUUAUCGUAUGGAAGGUCAGUACGUCUUCAGGGACUGUGUGCUUCAAAUCUGGGGAUAAGCAGUCAGCACUUUUGGUGUAAAAUCUCUGUUACCGAGGGGUGCGUAAAGACAGACGCGUUUGAAAAUGAACGCUCUGUUGUUCCAGUUUAUACAACCAAACAGGACGCCAAGCGACAAGACACUCUUAGGUGACAUGGAAGAGGAAGAUCCAGAUGCGGAGGUGCGAAAGAAAUUGUUGGAAAACCUCAAAAAAGAGGUCAAACAACUUAUGGAAGAAGCUGUCACAAGGAAGUUUAUUCAUGCAGACAGCUCUAGUAUAACCUCCCUUUGUGGUGCUGUAGAGGCAGGCAUUGCACAUGGCUUGAAGAAAAGAGCCGCUGGUCUUCUUCCUGCCCAGGACACCCAGGCUGUUUUGGAAAAGCUUGCUCGUUUAUCAGAACCUGCUGCUGAACUGGUCAAGAAACUCUCUGGGGAAGAGGAGAAAAGCAAGGAUGGAACUAAGAACACAUCAGCAGGUUCUGCAGAAAGCCCAUUACUCAAGUUGAAAUUAAACUUCUCUGCAUUGAAUGGAAGCAACAAGAAGAUAAAUGGAUAUAACAUCAGUGGCCAUUGUGGCAAAUUUUUGUGGAUUAGAAUAGCUCUUUUAGAAAAGUUGCUGGGAAAAAUUGUGGAGGAUCUUCAAAAUAAUGCAAGUCAAUUUUAUGAGCCUGAAGCCCUACUUAGUGAUCCAGCUGAUGGAAGAAUAUUUAUUGAACUUUUAGAUGGUCCAAGUGCUUUAGACUUUUCAAAGAUGAAAACACCAGACAGUUAUUGGACUGAUCCAACAGCGGAUGAGCUUGUUCAAAGGCACAGAAUACACAGUGGGUUAUGUCAGCAGUCACCUACAACACCAACAUCCCAGCGACCACAGCUGGGUGUAACAAAGGCCUCUUAUGAUGAAAACUUAGCAGUGGCCCCAUUAUUAGCAAGAGAACACAUAGAGUCUCUUCACCAGAACUCGCAUGCUGCCCUCCUGUAUGGGAAAAACAAUGUCUACCUUGAACCACAUGAAGAACACCCAAUUGCUGGAUACCUGUCACUACAUAAAAGCAAUGAGAGUUUGCUGCUGAAAUGGACACCUAAUAAGUUGAUGAGUGGUUCCUGUGAGCGAGAGAAGAGCCAGUUUUGGGAUUAUGCACUGACCGUGAACUUAAAUGAUGUGGUGUAUAUUCACUGUCACCAGCAUGGUGGCUAUGGAGUGGUUAUUCUCAUAGGACAAGAUGGAGUCCAGCGUCCACCAAUCCGUUUUCCUACAACUGGGUCUCUGUUGUCAUUCUUAAACUGUCUUGAGAAUGGUCUCCACCCUCAUGGUGAACUCGACCCUCCAUUGUUUAACCCACGCUCCAAGGGCCUUGCCCUUCCCAGCCUGAAGAAACCACUUUCAGGAUCUAACUUGCCACUGAUGUCUUUCUCCAAAGGAGAAAACACAAAUCAAGAUUAUGUCUUUAGACUUGUUUCUGGAACAAAACCUGAUGUUGUUGUGUCCGAGGAAAUGGAUAGAUGGUCCUCCCAAAGAUCUUCCAAGAAGCAAGGAGGGUUACCAUGGAGACGUCAGGACCUAAGUUCAAGGUUACAGUCCAGCUUUAGACGAAACCAGAAACAAUCCUCGCCUCACACAAGGGAAUGUCUCAGCACUGCAUGCGAAACUAUGAGACGACAAAUCACUUUAAGAGCUUUCAAUGGAUGGUUUUCGUACGUGCGCCACCUCAAAACAGUUAGAACGCAUUUGUUAUGGCUAGUUAAUCACAGCAACACCAAUUCCGAAGAGAACGGAGUCGAUUACGCCCAGGGACUUACUGAACAAACAUGGAGAAGCAUGUGCAGUAAUGGAAAGGUUAAUGACGAGGAUAAAGUUAAGAAGUAUGUCUACUUCGGCGGAGUAGAACACUCCAUCAGAAAAGAGGUGUGGCCUUAUUUACUGGGACACUACAAAUUUGGAAGCACACCUAAAGAUCGUCAGGCAACUGACAAGGCUGCUAACGAAGAAUUUCGUUCCAUCAUGGAGGAAUGGAAAGAAGUAGAGAGUGUGAUUCGACAGCACGAGAAAGAACAAGAAAUGGAUGGUAUCUCUAUGGACAGCACAGGCAGUAGAGAUGAAGUCUUUGAACAGUUGGAAAUGAUCAGUAGCGGCUUAGAAAAAUCUGAGAAUUUCAAUCGUCAGAGGGUCAGUAUCGAGGAACCCGAGAUUGAAGGACUUGAUGAGGCUGCAAAAGCCAGGUUAAUGAAUGGACAGCUUAUUAUUCCAGCGAAAAAUGGCGAUGAUGCCGAAAGUGGGUGUUGUAGCGACUGUGGGGAAGACAAUGGCAAGUUCAUGUCAAUGUCAAGAACAUGCCAGCGAUGUAGCAAGAGAUUUCAUUCUGCUGUGGAAAUGAACAGUCACGGGACAGGUCACGUUCCAAAUGGCCAUGAUUCCACGUACAGUGACACCAACGCGCGGGAGGAGUCACAGCAGACCAGUCACGACACGGACACGGAGGUCCCAGUCCUUUGUAAACAAUGUAGCCAGGGAAGCAUUGGGUCUAGAGCAUCGUGUCCAUACUCGACUGAUCUCCUUGAUGACUUUGGUUUAAAUCUUCAUCGAAUCGAGAAAGAUGUCUUGAGAUGUGAUAGAAAUUAUCCAUACUUUACUCACGAAAACCUUGAUAAACUAAGAAACGUCAUUAGCAGUUACGUGUGGAAGACCUUGGAUGUUGGUUACGUUCAAGGGAUGUGUGAUCUCGUUGCCCCAUUGCUUGUCGUCUUUGACAAUGAGGCGAUAACCUACAGCUGUUUCGUGGAUCUCAUGCAGAGAAUGAACAGUAACUUCCCACACGGCGGAGCUAUGGACACGCAUUUUGCAAACAUGAGAUCUUUGAUCCAAAUUCUCGACCCUGAAAUGUUCGAACAUCUUCAGCAAAAUGGCGACCUCACACAUUUCUACUUCUGCUACAGAUGGUUCCUUCUUGACUUCAAACGAGAACUUCUCUAUGAAGACGUGUUUGUAGUGUGGGAAAUCAUCUGGGCAGCUAGACACCUUGCCUCAGAACACUUUGUUCUUUUUAUCGCCCUUGCACUGCUUCAAUUUUACAGGGAUAUCAUUUUGGACAACAAAAUGGACUUCACAGACAUCAUUAAGUUCUUCAAUGAAAUGGCUGAGCGUCAUAACGCGAAGGCGGCACUGAAGGUCGCGCGGGGUCUGGUUGCAAAAGUCCAAGACCUUAUCAAGAACCAGUAAAACAGGAUAAACGCUGGUAACGCAAACGACAUAACCGAGAAUGAAUGGACUUAGGAAAUAUGUUCUUUAUUAUUUAACAAGCUCAGAGCUUUAAGGUAUUGUGAGGUGGAAGUACAACAGACGACGCUUAAAAAAAGCAAUGGCAGUAGAUGACCAACUACAAAGUGUUAAGUUUUGUAAAUAGAUUGUUAUCCGUCGCCGUUGUAGACAUCUUUUGGGCAAUUUUAAGUUAUUAAUAAUGAAUGGAUAUAUUUCAUUGUAACAGACCAGCUACAUGUGCUGGUGUAACACUCAAGCAGCGGGUCAUAAAUUAUGUAAUUGUAGUUGUGUAUAAAAUUAAUGUUCCGAUCCAGCUCUGAAAUGUUUGGGUGGUGGUAGGAGCGGGGGGGGGGGGAGAGGGGGGAAGGAAGGGGUCCUCUUCCCUAACUUAGUGGAAACAGUUAAAUAGUUAUUUAAAAUCGUUAUUUAAAGCAAGUAAACGGCAACGUAUUGCAUAUGAUCUUUCAUUGUUGAUGACUUUCGGUGACAAUUGUUAACUUAUUUGUCUAGUUCUGUUUACAAGCUACACCUAGAGUGCCAUGUGGAAAACAGAUUAGCAUUUCUUAAUUUUAUUGUAAUGUUUUUAAAAUGUUGUUAUCGAGAGCCACAAAAGUCCAAAUAUGCUUGAUGUUAGUCAUUAAUUUGCCAUCGAAUUCAGUAAUCAUACUAUAUAAAUUGAAUAUAUUUUGGUACCCGCUCGUCGAGUUGUAGGCACCCGUUAAUGAGGUGCAGGGACAUGGUACAGGUUCGUGUUCCCUAAAAUUGCUUCAAUUAGUUUUUUGUGUUGAUACCAAAACAUUUGGUUUAUCAAAAAUUGGAAAGUUGAGGUCUGUAAACCGAAGAAUGUCUGGUUGAUAAUUUACUUAGCCCAUGCUAAACUCAUAAUUAUUGAUUCAUUAUAAAUUUAAGUAUUUAUUAGCUCACAGCUACUAUACGUUGGGACGAAUCAGAGCUGCUAGUAAAGUAUUUAUAACAAACAAAGUAAAACAGUAGACAAAAAUACCAAAUCAAUCGGUUCCUUUCAUUUGAUUUUUUUACGGUAUUCAUAAGCCUGCGUGACCUCGCGAUUAACUUUUUUGUGAGGUUUCCGCGCUAUAAAAGUGGUUCUGACGCAUGCUAUCCUUUACAGAAGUGGCAUUUAUUUUUGUAGCUUUUUGAAUUUCUAUGUUAGGUAUAUUGUUUCCUUAUCGAACAGGCAGCUCUACUAUUAUACUCUGAUAUGUUUACUUGUUACUGAGUAAUAAGUCAGUUUGGGGAAAUUUUCAAUUGACUGUCAACAGCCAUCUGCGCCGUAAUUGGUCGAGAACAUAUGUGCCAUUCUCUGAACCAAUCAGACGAAAAGUAUAAGUCAAUCGUGUCUCGUCAACAGUGUUUUCCCGCCCUUUUGGUAGUUUACCUGUUAUUACUUUGAGUUUUAAUUGGCUAAUGAUGGUGUUUAUCUUUGUUAUGAUUGGCCGUUGUGAUUGCUUCGGUUUUGGUUUGUCGUAAGUCAAUUGAAAACUGCUCUGGUCAAGUGACUUCGUUUUCAGGGUGCUGUGGAACAGAAAGAGGGCGAAGUGUAUUGUACAAACAAAUAUGCGACAAUACAAGUAAAAUGAAAAUAUAAAUGA